AUGAUUUAAUCGAUUCCUCAUGAUAGGUCAGUGUAUGUCACUCAGUAUAAGGCUGAAACAACUCUUGAAUAAUUGACAUAGGCAUUCUCUGAGUUCGGAAAGAUUGAAUAAUUAUAAUAAAAUGCCAAGUCAAAUGGAGUAUUCAUAGUAUUUGAUUCUCAUGAUGCAGUGAAAAGAGCAACAUCCAAGACUGUCACUAUAGGAGGCAAGAACCUGGAUGUGAAUGAGUACUUGGAUAUGGACAAAUUGGAUGAAGAAGCUAAUAUAUUCAUAGAUGGAUUAAGUCCGACAACUACCCAAUUGCAAUUAAAAGACAAAUUAUAAAAAUAUGGAAAGAUCUUGAAUAUCAAAGUGUAAAUGUCAGAUAAAGCUGGUGUAGCCUACAUCUAAUUUGAAGAAAGGAAGUCAGCUGAAAAGUGCUUGGCAGACUAGGCAAAUUUGGGAUUGCAUAUCACUAGAGCCAUCAAGAAGGGUAAGCAAUAACAAAUCAAGAGAGAUUAGUUAUUCAUCUCUAAUAUUAAAUCUUAAUCACCCUUGGAUCAAAUCAAAACAUCAUUGGAUAACUAUUUCUCUGAAUUUGGAAAAGUCGAAUUGGUUUAAGUCAAUGUCAAUCCCAAAAACUAAACCUACUUUGCAUUUGUUAGAUUUGAAAAUUCAGAUGAUGCUUAUAAAGCUGUCAAAGCCACAAAACCUUUUCAAAAUCAAAUUAUCAAUAUCUAAUGGGCUGUCAAUUCAAAUGACAACAUUGAAGCCAAUCUAUACACCAAAAAUCUUAAACCCACUGUAACUGAACAAUAACUAAGAGAAGCAUACGAAUCCAUUAUUACAAUAGAUGAUCUUCAAUUAUUACCACCAAACAAAUCUAAUAAAUUAUCAGCUUAUAUUUAUUUGAAAUCUGCUGAAGAUGGCAAAAAAGUCAUUGAUUUGGCUUUCAAAACCAAAAAAAUAUUUGAUUUGUAUGAAAAAUUAACUGUUCAAAUCUCCCCUAUGUUGAGUCCAGCAGAUAUCAUCCAAUUCAAAAAAAUCCAAUCAAAACCUACAUAUUAACCUUAUCCAAAUGCCAUGCCCUUCCCUCCCUAUUAACAAAUCUAAGGAUUCCCAAACUAACCUAAUCCUCCUUAUGGUGCCUAUCAAUAUCCUGGUAACUAUCCUCCACAACAACCACCCUAUCAACAAGGUGGCUACUAUUAAUAAUAAGGAAAUAAUUAUAAUCAACACAGACAAAAGAAAAAUCAAUAUCCAAAUCAAUAUCAAAACUAACAAAGACAAUAACCUAGGUUACCAGAUUUAUAAUUCUUAUAGAAAUUGCUAGCUGAAGGAAAUUAGAAAAGAGUUACUGAUACUAUUGGAGUCCUCUUGUUCCCUCUAGUUAAUUAAUAAGUUGAAUAAAAAUUGGCACCUUAAGUGACAGGAAUAUUAUUAGAUUUUGAAAAUUAUGGGUUGGAAGACUAAUUAAAAAUGCUUUAGAAUGCACCUUAUUUGACCGAGCAAAUCAAUUAGGCUGUAGAUCUAAUAAGAAAAUCUUAUUGAGUAUAACAAUUAAAAUAAUACAUAUAAAUAUUAUUAUAAACCAACAUUAUUU